ACAAGAAUGCAAGGACUGGGUGGUGCUCAGGCUUGAAUCGUGUAUUGAAGUGUAUCGGCCCAAGUCGCCUCCUCACAUGCAUGAAUGUAUCGGUUACAUAUCGUUAGUACUGCUUACAUCAAUCAUCAAUGGGACAUUUACCGGCUACAUGGAUUUAUGUACCUGGGUACUUAGCUGCCUACCUACCUAACCUACUGUCUACAAUACUCCGUAUCCCCUUCAAGUUAUUCCCUUAUUCCCUUAUCCCCUAUCCAGCAGCAACACUAUUCAUACCACCUAUCCCACCCAUCCCACUUUCAUCUAUUGCUGUUACGUUCCAUGCAUCAGAUCAGCCAUAUCACCAUAGUAUCACUAACCACCCCGUAACCACCGCAUUGCCCUCAUCUUCAUUGCCAGCAUUAGUGCAUUCAUCGUGUCAGCUGCGAGCGUUAGGAGGCAUUGUUUUUUUAUCCAUAGUUAUAGACAUAUUUCUUUUCCCGCUACUCUUGUUGCUAGAGCCGGGACCCUUCCCCGGUUGUCGGCGUUUGGCACAACACAAUCGUUAGCAAGCAGGCACAGGCAACCCAUCAUCGUUGUUCCUAGCACGCCGUCGUCUGUUACGGGCAUCCACUUAGCACUUUGCACGGAGCCAUAUAUACUCUCGAGUUGUUUUACUGCCGUUCCUAUUUGACGACACAUUCCUACU